ACUGAUACCACACGGAGAGGAAAUCUAGACCCUCACAUGGGAACAGCCCCACACACUUUUCUAAACACUACAUAGAAUGUAGCGAAUACUUUCAGCAAACGUCGUCUUUGUGAUAGUAAUACAGACGCACCGAUGUAGCUUGGAGAUAAUUAUGACAUAAAAAACACUUUUUAUUAUAUCAAGAUGCAGCCAUAAACUGUUUCGCGAGGUGGAAGUUGAUUGUUUUCUUCAGUUCAACAAUUCCUGUCAAGAUGGAAAGCAGCACUCCUUAAGCCAGCGGGCGAGAUGGGGAAAUGGGAGCUGACAAUGAACCCAGUGCAGGAGUGGGGUGAGGAGUUCGAGGACGGCGUGGUUUACGGGGUCACUCUGCGCCGGGAGCCCGUCCCCUCCUCCCCCGAAGCCAGCGAUGAGAGCCCAUGCUGCGCUUUUGUGCAGUACCGAACCUGCAAGUCGCGGCGUCUGAAGGCUGCUACCCUGGAGCUCCUGGUGAACCACCUACUUGACCCUGGCUGUCAGGAGCAGGACUACGGCAGGAUCUUCCUCUCCACAUACAGAACCUUCACCGGUACCUCAAAGCUCAUAGAGCUGCUGUUCCAGAGAGACAAUGCUGUCUCCGAUCUGGACAACAGUGAAUGCUACAGGAGCCCUCUGUUGGCCUUUGUCCAGACAUGGUUGGAUGAGUACAGUGAGGACUUCAGGGAUCCUCCCUUGCACCCGGCACUCAGGCUGCUGUUGGAUCACCUGAGGAUCAGCUCUGCAGUUCACAACAAUAUGCGCAGUCAGCCCAACUUCAGCUCGCUGGCUGGACAAGCUGAGGCACUGCUCAAGGGGUUUCAGAAAGAAGCAGAAGUUGAGACAAAUGUCAGUCCUACUCAGGCAGACAUGGAGCAAGGUGAGGAGGGUUCUGGUGAUGAGAAUUCAGGAUGGGAACACUCUCUGGAUCUAGGUGGCAUCGUGGAUUUCUCUGCUACAGCCAUUGCCGAACAGCUAACCCGAACGGACUCUGCUCUGUUCGUCAAAGUGGUGCCAUACCAGUGUCUUGGCUGUGUGUGGUCGCAAAGAGACAAGAAGGAAAACAUGUCGCCCACCAUUCGAGCCACCGUUGCACAGUUCAACGCCAUUACCAACCAGGUCAUCAUGUCCCUGCUCUGCUGGCCGACUGACGCCACCUCCAGCCCCACAUCCUCCCGCCCUCCCACUACACCAGCUCAAAGGGCCCGCAUCAUAGAGAAGUGGAUCAGAGUAGCUCAGGAUUGUCGUCGGUUGAAGAACUUCUCCUCUCUCAAGGCAAUCUUGUCGGGACUUCAGUCUAACGCAGUUUACAGGCUGAGGAAGACCUGGGCUGCUGUCAGCAGGGACAGCAUGGCCACUAUUGAUAACCUCUUGGAAACCUUCCCUGAUGAGAACUGUGUAUUAACCAACAGAGAGCUCCUGGUGGAGGAGGGAGGCCAAGCGACUGUGGAUAACAUUUCUCCAAAGAUAUCCAAGCGGUGUCCGAUCCCCAGACAGAUGAGCACCUCCAGUGGAUUGGUUCCUUACCUGGGCACCUAUCUUACUGUCCUCACCAUGCUGGACACUGCUCUGCCGGACGCAGUGGAGGGUGGGCUCAUAAACUUUGAGAAGAGGAGGAGGGAGUUUGAGGUUCUGUCACAGAUCCGCGUGCUGCAGGCAUCCUGCUCCCAGUACAACCUGCCCCAUCACCCCAGAAUCGCUGCCUGGCUGUGGGGACAUAAGCUGCUCACCGACCAGGAGAGCUAUGAACUGUCCAGGCAGCUGGAGCCUCCAUUGGACGUGUGUUCGCCAACCCCCUGGAGCCACCGCACACUCUCCAAAAAGCUCUCCUCUCUCCUGACGGUGAGCGAUGGAUCUAAAAAAGUCCCUGCUGACCAGAUCAGCGUUUCGUCCUCUGGAUCAAGCGGAUCAGAGAUGGAGGAUCUGUCCUCCCCAAACUCAGCCUGUUCCAUCACACGGCAGUGCUUCCACAGCUCUUGCAACAAUGUGUCCGAAGCCUUCUCUUCCUCCUCGUCCUCCUCUUCCUCAUCCUCCCCCUGCUCCUCCGCCACUUCCUCUCCAGACUCCCCCACUCCUUCCAACUCCUCCUCCUACUGCCGGGCUGAUGUCUGCUCUCCGGCCACGUCCUGCGGCGGUGCUCGGCCGAAGCCCACGCCGGCCUCCAACCACAAGCGCUCCGUGUCCAUGACCUCCCUGCCCCUGUACAACCGUCAGGUGGAUGACUCCUGCAUCGUCCGGGUGAGCGUGGACCUGGGCCAAAACAACGGCAACAUGUACAAAAGCAUCCUGUUGACCAGCCAGGACAAAACUGCCCAGGCGAUCCAAAGGGCUCUGGAGAAGCAUCACCUGGAGCACAUGAACUGGCAGGACUUCACCCUGACUCAGGUCAUCUCUCAGGAACGAGAGCUGCUCAUACCCGACAAAGCCAACGUCUUCUAUGCCAUGUCCACGGUGGCGAACUUUGACUUUGUUUUGCGCCAGUUCCCCAAAGGCCAGAGGAAACCGCUGAGGGCCACGUCUAGUCUGGGACGGUACACAAAGUAGCACCUGUAGUCUACAAACCCUGGAAUAUGAACUGAGCACAUGGGACUCUCCUUGGAGAAUGGUAUUUAUUUUUAAUAGUCGUUUUUAUUAAAAACGUCGUCUCGAAGACGGUCCAUCCUCCUUCUUUUGGAUACCAAAGAGGUAAAAAUGUGACGUUUUUAUGGUAAGAUGAUGCAAAAGCACUUUAUGAAGAAGAACACUCGCCUCAACAGAAAAUGGAUGCUUGAAGAAACAUCUGGAUCAGACUGUUGGAAUAAGACUUAGUAAGAAUCCUAAAAAAGACCAAAUCCUUUACUUUUUUCCCCAGAGAUGUGUUCUCAGAUGGUUUUAAGUGCAUGGUGCUACUGGAUGCCAACACAUGCCCGCAUCAGUGACCUAUCAUGAACGCUGAGAAAUGUGUCCCAACACAGCUGGGUGCCAAUUAUAACCUGUGUGUUUAAAAAAAGGGAAAGGCAAUGAUGAACUCCUGGGGCCGGUUGUCAGCCGUUGGAGAGGAGAUAGCGCGGCGUGCUGUGCCGAUGCCAUCUGCGGAGCGGGAGGGAACGCCGUGUACCCGUCGAGUUUCAGCCACUGGCGUCCUGCUGCCAUUGCUGUGAUCCUCAUCAUGUGAGGCGAGCAGCCCCGACUGGAAAAAUGGCAUUCCUGAGACGGGGUAACCAUGGCAGCAGCAGCAGGGACUUUUGAUGGACAGGACUGUAUGCACACGUGAAAAUGUCUCUAGAUAAGACGACAAUAAGGGUGAACAGAGCUAAGAAUUAUAAUUUUUUUUGUAAUGUUUUGUAUUUAUUUUCUCUCUUGUUCCACUGUGGUUCACUUUGAUGGCACCUUCAUUUACUUAACACAUUGUGACGACUCACUUGUUGGCUUUUAUUUGUCUCUUGACCGGUUGGAAUAUAUAUAUUAAAAAAAAAAAGGUUAUUUUAAAACAGCUUUGAUCAGAGAGGUAAUAUUUGAGAGAUGCCUUAUUUUCUGAUGAAUUCUGAGGAUAUUUUAACAACAAUAUUUAAGAUUUGAAGAAUACUUUUUUAAUUUUUUUUUUUUACUUAAAUUAUAUUAAACACAUUUGGUUCAGACUUGUGAAACCUGGAUGUAGCUGGUGCUCAAAUGGCUCGAUUUCAAGUUUCCAUGUCAUCAUUUCAAUGACGUCAAUUGACGCCAAGUCUCGCGUGAGAUAGCUGAUGUUGAUCAUAUUUCCGAUAGUUAGCGCUCCAGGGAGUCUUUCGAAAGAGGAGGAGUUGCUCAUUGAACAGACACACUUGGUAAAAUCACACGUUUUAUCACCCUGAACGUCCCCCUUGGAGUGUAAAGAGCGUUGCUCAGCUCAAAGGCAUAGAGGAAAGACACAGACGUCUCAUUGACCUCCUCGUCAUAUGCUUUCCAUACAGAUCUGGGGCUUUGAAACAGUUAAACCUGUCUCUUAUUAAAAACAACGCUUAUUUCACUCUUGGGAUCAAGGAAUUAAGGGUCACAUUUCUUAAACAAAGAUUAAUAAACACUUU